AUGGCCAAGAAAGCAAAGUCCCGUACCAUUGCCGUCCGGCUGAUAUCCAUGGCCAUGACGGGCUACUACCGCACACUUAUUCGUCCGCGUGCGCACCGCCCUCUCAGCAUGAUGAAGUACGAUCCUGUCGUAAAGAAGCAGGUGCUUUUCCUUGAGGCGACCAAGGGUGGAAAGAAUAAAUAG